AUGGCAGGCUGUCUCACAUUCCUUUUCCCCCAAACCAUGCGCACAGCUAUGCAAUGUUGGCUCUCCAAACCAGGAGUUCAAGAAGCUCAAAAUGCCAAGGCUCGUGCUCGAGCAGCUUUAAAUAGGGCAAGGAGGAAGAAAAAAAAACUAACUGAAGAUCAAACAGCACCCAUCGCAUCAUCAAUUGAUGACUGUGAAGACCUGUCCCACAAUGUUAGUUGGGACGCCAAUGAUGAUUCAGUGCUCACGAUGGACGACGAUCUGCCCUGCCCCUAUGACUCUCAAACUCUAGAUUCCACCAAGAGAAUCUUCCAGAGGUGGCGAAAGGAGUGGUUGGUGUCAGAAGACACAUGGGGAGAAGCAUAUGAGGAAGCGCUCGCGCAUGCUCACAUGGAGGGGACACAUGAGACUGAUAUUUUCCUUGAUCAAUGUGCAACACAUGCUUUGGAGGGGAGGACGAUCUUGGAAGCCAUAUGGGGGAUUGUACACACCAGUUGCCCUUAUUGCAGGGAGUGUCUCAAUGAACAUGUCAUAUACCGGAUCCGAGCACCCCCAAUACCACCUGUGAACAUCCCCAUCCCUGAUCCAACCCCCUGUUUCCCCAUCCGCUUCAUUCCUCCUUCCCCAACAAUGCACAAAGUGCAUCUCAGCAGGAUUAGCCCUGCUACCUCCACCCAACUCCAUUCCGCUUUUCCGACAUUACCCCUAUGUCCUCCGACACCAUACCCCUUCCAUCCGACCCUAUCUGGGGUUCUGCUCCCCCGCCCUAUCGGUCCGCCUGAUCCUAUUCCUACUCCCUCCGCUUUUCCAACCCACUCGGUUCCGCUCGUGUUGUCCCACCCGACUAUUAGUCCGUCCGACUGCCUCACCGGUCCACUCCUAGACUAG